AUGUCGGCUGGCCAUGGCCUCGUUUCUCCUGUCACUCGUGAAAUGCAGGACAUAGGCUCUACUGACGUCGCUGAGCGUGUUCCACCCAUCCUGAUUACACCAUCCCGUAGUCGCCGCACUGUCCUCACUCUCACCACGCCAAGUGAUGCAGCUUUUGCUAUGACGAGAAUCCUGGGACGAGUCCCCAUGGCUACGACCAGCCGGCACAUCUACCACGCUGAAUCCUGGACCCGCAACUAUGGCAAAGGCCAGACGACCCGGGACUCAGCGCAGCACGCCAACGCCAACGACGUCAGCGACCCCUCUUCGCGUCCUUUACAGUCCUCUGACCGAGUUCGUUCCCGUCCUUCUGGCCGCCAGCGACGUCGUGUUCGUCCACGCAUUGGCGCCUUGAGAGUUGUCAACCAGGAGCGUGCCGACGCGGAAGAGUCUGAUGUCGAUGCUGACUCUGAGGACGAGGCGAUUGUUGGGAUUCCUGGAACGGAGGCUGAUUCGGAUUCCGAGGACAAGUCUGACGUUGAGGCUCUGGAGGAGUUGGAGGCUGAGUCUGGAGUGGGAUUAGAGUAG